AUGCCCCAGUCCGCCCUCCUCCUCGGCUCCGGCUUCGUCGCCACCCCGACUGUCGACUUGCUCGCUAACGCUGGCGUACACGUCACUGUUGCUUGCCGUACCCUGGCCGCGGCCCAGAAGCUCGCCGGCAACUUCCCCAACACCAAGGCUGUCAGCCUCGACGUCAAUGAUACGUCCGCUCUAGAAGCCGCCGUAGCCCAGCACGAUGUCACGAUCUCACUGAUCCCCUAUACAUUCCAUGUUGCUGUGGUGAAGGCGGCCAUCAAAGCGAAGAAACAUGUAGUCACUACCUCGUACGUGUCGCCGGCCAUGCAGGCUCUGGAUGCGGAGGCCAAGGCUGCAGGAAUUACGGUUAUGAAUGAAAUUGGGCUUGAUCCCGGUAUCGACCAUCUUUACGCUAUAGACGUGAUUGAUCGCGUUCACAAGGAAGGAGGCUUUGUCCGCGGCUUUAAGAGCUUUUGUGGCGGCUUGCCCGCUCCAGAGAACUCGGACAACCCUCUAGGGUACAAGUUUAGCUGGAGUAGCCGUGGAGUGCUAUUGGCAUUGAAGAACACCGCCAAGUUCUUGGAGGACGGUAAAGAGGUGACUGUGACCGGCGAAGACCUGAUGGGGACAGCGGCACCGUACCACACGGGCUUUCUGGGCUUCAAUUUCGUCGCCUACGGAAACCGAGAUAGCACCGGCUAUCUAGAACGGUACAACAUCCCUGAGGCGCAAACAGUGAAGCGUGGCACCAUUCGUUACGCUGGCUUCCCAGAGUUUGUCAAAGUCCUCGUUGACAUCGGCUUUCUCCGUGACGAGGAGCAGGAUUUCCUGAAAGAGCCAAUCACUUGGAAAGAAGCCACCAAGAAGAUCCUCGGCGCCACUUCAUCGAGCGAGAAUGAUCUAUUGUGGGCAAUUUCAUCCAAGACGACGUUUAAAAAUACCGCCGAAAAGAAACAAUUGGUGGCAGGUCUCAAGUGGCUCGGUAUCUUUUCGGACGCGAAGAUUACGCCAAAAGGGAACGCAUUGGACACGCUAUGUGCUACCCUUGAGGAAAAGAUGGCUUACGAGGAAGGCGAACGUGACUUGGUGUUCCUUCAACAUCGUUUUGACAUCGAGAACAAGGACGGUAGCAAGGACACCAUAACUUCUACCCUCUGCGAAUACGGCGCUCCCAUUGGAUCUGGCGGUUAUUCGGCAAUGGCGAAGCUCGUCGGCAUCCCGUGUGGCGUAGGCAAGUCUUCCCGUGUUGCGACCGUGUUUGGUGAUUCGAAUGGCUCUUGA